AAGGCAUCCCGAGCGAGCCUCUGGUCAGUCAGUUUCUCCGCUGUAAACAGGCGGUGUUAGAGCGUCAAACUUCGGGUGGGUCCGGGAAAAACCUAGUGAAACUUCAGAAAGUGUAAUGCUCUGAAUGAAAUACUUUCUUCUGGCAGCAAGCGGAUCAACUCACACAUAUAAAAUGACCACCACGGAGGGCGGUUACGUACACACCUUUGGCCCAGAGCUGCCCGCCAUGUUUGAUGGUGUGAAGCUGGCGGCGGUGGCUACCAUCCUCUAUAUCAUUGUCCGCUGUCUGAACCUCAAGAGUCCCACUGCACCACCAGAGAUCAUUUACCAGGACACCCUGCUCAGUCACUACCUGCUCAAGACCUGCCCAAUGCUGACCAAAGAAUACAUUCCUCCCUUGCUGUGGGGGAAGAGCGGUCACAUCCAGACGGUGCUCUACGGGAAGAUGGGACGUGUCAAAACUCCAACGCCCUGUGGGGUUCGCAUGUUCCUCCCAAUGCAGGAUGGUGCUACGGCUACCUUUGACCUCUUUGAAGCUAUUGGAGCCCACACCACUGGAGAUGACAUUACCAUGGUAAUCUGUCCUGGGAUUGGUAACCACAGUGAGAAGAACUACAUCCGGACCUUUGUGGAUUAUUCCCAGCGGCAGGGUUACCGCUGUGCCGUCCUCAACCACCUGGGAGCCCUGCCUAAUGUUGAGCUCACCUCACCACGCAUGUUUACAUACGGUUGUACCUGGGAGUUUGGAGCUAUGGUGGACUACAUAAAACGCACUUUUCCCCAGACUCUGUUGGUGGUCGUGGGGUUCAGUCUGGGAGGAAACAUCGUCUGUAAGUUCCUGGGGGAAAACCAGUCAAACCAGGACAGAGUGCUAUGCUGUGUCAGCGUCUGCCAGGGUUACAGUGCCCUCAGGGCUCAGGAAACUUUCCUUCAGUGGGACCAGUGCCGGAGGCUCUACAACUUUAUGUUGGCGGAGAAUAUGAAGAAGAUCAUUCUGUCGCACAGGGACAGUUUGCUGGCCAUGCAGUGCAGCAACAUUGGCGAUGGAGAGCUGAACAGACUGUAUGCAGCCACAUCUUUGAUGCAGAUUGAUGACAGCAUUAUGAGAAAAUUCCACGGUUAUGACUCACUGAGAGAGUACUAUGAGAAGGAGAGCUGUGUGCACUACAUCCACAAAAUCACUGUCCCACUCCUCCUGCUAAACUCCUUGGAUGACCCACUGGUUCAUCCAUCACUACUGGCUGUUGCACGCACUCUUGCAGAGAAAAUGCCCAAUGUGGUAUUUGCCCUGACUCAACAUGGGGGCCACAUGGGCUUUUUCGAGGGAGCUGUUCUGUUCCCUCAGCCCCUCACCUGGAUGGACAAGGUCAUAGUGGAGUACACCAACGCCGUCUGCCGCUGGGAGAAGAAGCAGUCGGUCUGUCAGAGUAGCAGCGAGUAGGACAUGAACUUUUUGUAUGGAAGCACGCAAUACCACUCUGCGAGUUGCACUUACAUACAAGUCCAGAGACAAACGCACAAAGACAGCUUGCUGUACCUGCUCAGCUUCAGCACUUUUGGCCUUACAGCUACAUGAUUCUGGAACUUGUUGAUGAUUAGACAAGGCAGCCUGAGUGGAAGUGGUUAAACCAGAUUAGAAAUAAAAACCUACAGAGGUGAUCGCACAGGUGAGUGUAAUGUGAUCCCAAGCAGAAGUGUUCUUUCUGCUUUUGUUCUUUUUAUCUCUCAGGUUAACAAUAGUUUGCCCUCUGCUGGUUUUUGGCAGGUACUUCUUUCUUUAUUCUCUAAAGCAGGGUGUGUAAUUUGAAUUCUGCCAUAAGAAAGAAGAAAAGGUGGACUUUUUUUUUCAAGUUUUCAAAUAAUAUUUUAAUGAUGUUUUGGUUCUGUCCUGUUCUGAAGUCCUUUAAUUGAAAUAGUACAUUUUCACUAAGAGGAUGUUGCUGUUUAUUAAAGAAAAACAUCUGAUAAGAAUGUGAUUUAAUCUCUCAAAUCAGGUAAUGUUUUACAGAUAUUUUUUGGUAGGUUUUCAUGCUCAAUUUUCUCCAGUGGACUCUCAGUCUGCAUUUAGGGUAGACAAAAACAGACCCAACUGAACAUUUCUGGUUUGUUGAAACAUGUACUUGUAGAUCCAACCAUUCCAUGAAUCAAUCAAUUUACUGUAAAGCCUCCUGGUGUAGAACUCUGGUUACCCAAAACUUAUAAAUAACUAAUAACUCCCAGCGUAGAAAUAAUUUAACUAGAAGUGACAGGUGUGGUGGUAUAAACGGCUGUUUACGGUAUGUUUCGAAGGUGAUAACAUUUUGAAUGUGUCUCUUCUUGGUCACGAUUAUGUUCCAUAUACCAGGCAUGGCUUCAGUUUAAACACUGUAGUGACUUAAUAUUAAACUUUAGCAUCGAUUACCUUUUGGGGGAGGAUGUUGUUGUUGUUCAUAGCUGUUCAUUGCUGCCUACUGGAUGGUGGUGUUUGCAAUAUAAAAGGUAAAGACAGUUAAGAGUAUCGCUCUAUUGAAGAUGAUUAGUGUCACUGACAAAAAAGGACAGGGGGGUGGAUUUUUAUAUUUUUUAUUUUCUGAAUUGUGAGAAAGAAAAAAAAACACUCCUGUACUGUCACGGUACUGUAAAUUUCCACCAGAAUUAUGUGAUUUCAAAGGUUUCAAACACCAGCUAAGCUGGUGAGGGCACAAAUGCAAUGUUUUUGCUGUUUUGGUUUGCUUGUUUUUAAUAUUCUGAGCUCUUAUUAUCAUGUUAAGGACUUUUGAGGUUGGUCAGUUUCCUGUGAGUUACAUUCUCAGUGGACUCCACCCAGUCUAUGUAGCCUCCAAAUUAUGCAACUUGUAUCUGCUCUGCAGAAGUCAAAUGUCAUGCAACAGCACCACAAACAUGUCCUGACUUUUUCACUGUUUGCUCGCACUUUAUUGUCUUCAAUGCACUAUGUAGAGUCAUUGACAAUUAAAAGUAAAUGAACACAUUUUUAUUGGUGUGAUAUUAUAAAUUAAGACGUUUCAAUUGUCUUUUCUCACAAUCAUUUUCUGAUGGGGUAUUGUGCAAAAUGUAAAAACUUACUCUUCAUUAACUUGUUCCCGGAUGAAUGAGUUUUUUCAAGUUACUUGACAAGAUUUUUCUUUUUAGUCUCAUUUCACAUAACAGGGGCUUGUCUGCAUUCUUGAACAUAUGAUUAUGAUGUAGAAAAUGAAGGAAAAUGUGGGUGUUUUCAUGGUGCGCAGCCUGUUUACAAGUGAUUUUCACAUAUUGUUUCCUUUUGUGUAUUUCUACAUCAACAAAGUCACAACCCUUUGCAUUUAUUAACAGUUUAUUGUACAUGUAUUGACAUUGUUAUUGGUGCACUGGGUAGCACAAUGGGUCAAACUUUAUUAUACCUUACUGAAGAAGUCUUAAAAAAAAGAAAGAAAAGCAGGAAAGAGAGGCACUUGUUGGAAUACCAGCCUUGUGCAAGAAGAUGAUCAGGGGUAAGAGGUUGGGUCCUGAGAAAGCUGGGGCCUGCCAGUAAUAAACCAUCUGUGUGGGUGAAUUUAAGUCCAGAGAAAGCACAGUUUGACAAAACGGAGACAUAACAUGUGGUGUUCAGAGCCGGUCAGGAUUGGCAGUGUUUUUGCGUAAUGGAAAAACACUGUAUGUGAUAAGAUAAUCACAUAUAUGACUUUGAUUUUUUUUUUUUGGUCUGCUAAUCAUAAGCUUCUGUACACUUCACACCAGUACCAAACCAUGCUACUUCUUCUGCUUCUUCUUCUUCUUCUUCUUCUUCUUCUUUUAAGAUCGCUCCAAGGCAGCCAGUCAUUCAGUCCAUGUACUUGGGUUUGGAAUGAACUAAAAGUGAUUGUCACAGCUAAUCCACCACUGUGUACAUUUACUUAUCUGCAUUUAUUUAUUUAUUUAUUUAUUGGUUAUGGUUCUAGUGAUAAAAAGGGGAACCCUGUGACAAGAUUGAUGCUAAUUGGACUAAAAUUUAUCUUAAUUGCACCAACGAAAAAAAGUCCUGGCCUGAGCGAGAUAAUUUGGACUGGACUGUUUAUUCUGCUAAAAACAAAAUACAGAAUUGGCAAAAAGUAAAUAAAUACAAACACUAAAAUGUUCACUGUAAUGAGUUAGAAGUGACUUUCAAAGAAAGACAAGCAAAUACAUGAAGUGCAUGCACUCUGUAGUUAUUUGGAGCAUGUAUGGCACUUUUGAUGGUCAUCAACUAGAAAAUUCAAACUAUACGGUGUCACUGGGAUGGCUUGUCUAGUUUUUGUCUUGAAUGUGCUUUACCAGGACCUGUGCAGUACAGUAUCAUUUUACCUUCUAACACAGUCACGACUUUCAUUCAUAACUUUAGUUCCUACAACCACACAGCUAGAUUGGGCGUUGAUUCUUCACAGUCUAUAGGGUUUAUAAUACGUAAAGGCUCUCGACCUCAUUGGCAAAAGGACUGAGGAUGUCUAGUCAAACAGCUUGGCUGCUGUGGCCUUGCCGUCGUACUUGGGACCUUUUCCGUCAAACUCGGCAGGGAGAAUUUCGGCAUCAAACUCCUUGUAGUAAUUUUCCAACUCGUCUCCGUGCACGAACACCUAAAACGAACAUCCACAGCUGUUAGAGAUGCUUAAAAGUGUGUGCUAUCCUUCAGCAGCCAAAUGUCAAAGACAUAAAUUAAUUUAAUAUCCUUGUAUCGAAUAUCCUGACAGACUCAAACGUAUUGCUUAAGCGCACCAUAAAACCAAUUUUUAGAGUGGCAUUAUGGUUAUUAGAUUCAGCUCUGUUAAUCAGAGUGAAACACACAUCAAAAUCCUUUCAGAAGCAAACUGAAGGAUCCAGACCAACACAUUAUUGAAUUAAUACAGUGGUACUUGACUGUCGAGUAUGUAUGAAAGUCUUGUUUUAUUAGAAAAAAUGCAAAACUGUUUUUGCUACUUUUUGCCAAGCAGGUUCAUGUCAAGUCAGAUGCUGUCACGUUGCAUAUUACAGCUCUCCUGCACUCAAACCAAAAUAUAAAGGAUAUCUUGAGCUUGGCUGAUGAUAGGUUUACAUAUCAGAGACUUAAGGGGCAACAGUGGUCACAGUUUGCAUUGCAAACCCCCUUAAUGUCUGCCAUUAAUGCUCUCUACAAGGACUAAAACCAAUCUAUGUUGUCAUUGAAUAUGAUUCAUUUGACUCACUCUCUCCAGCAGCUUGCUCUUCAUGAGAGGUUUGACCACAUUAUAGGUGGUAGUGAAGUACCAGGGCUGGUGGAUGAAGUGCACAGCUUUGAAACGGGCAGGGAAUGAGUCCUGGUGGAACACAAAGAGCAAGAUGAAGGGCAAGGAAUCUAAAAAUCCAUCAUAAAUGAAUGCCAAGUCAAAGUGUUGAAACUUUGUUUGACUACUCUAUUAUACAAUGGUUUUUGAGCUGUGGACGCUCUGCUUCCACAGACGAAAAGCAGAGCGUCUGUGGGAGUCCACCGGUCUGACUGUCCAUCGUGAGCACUUUAAAGACCUACUUUACCUAUAUAAUGAAUCAGUCAAAGAGGCCAGAUCCUCUUACUUCAAUAAUCUUAUAAAUCGUCAUAAAAAUAAUUCAAGAAUUCUAUUUGAUACCAUCAACAGUAUUGUUCCUCCUCCAACCCAGCAUGCUCUGUUGCUUUCUGAUGAAGAUUGUAAUACUUUGCUUAAUUACUUUGUAAAUAAGGUGAUGGACUUGAAAUCCAAAAUUUCCUCAAGUGCCUCCCCUUAUGAAGAUACCCCUUGCUGUCUUGGAUCAUUUACCUCCUUUUCUCCAAUCACACUAAAUGACUUAAUUAUAGUUUUAGGUAAAAUGAAAUCCUCAUCAUGCUCUGUAGAUAUAUUACCUCACUCUGUCCUGUCCGGGUCUAUCACCAGCAUUGGUCCAUUGAUCAUCAACAGUUCACUGAGGCAAGGCUGUGUUCCAUCUUAUUUUAAACAUGCUGAGGUAACUCUGCUAGUAAUUACCGACCUAUUUCAAAAUUGCCAUUUGUAAGUAAAUUACUUGAAAAAAUUGUUGAAAAUCAGUUCAGGUCUCUAUUAUGUAAAUGACACAUUCUUGACCCUUUUUCAGUCUGGCUUUCAAAAGUAGUACUCUACAGAGACCGCUCUCUUAAGAGUCUAUAAUGAUCUAUUAAUGGCAUCUGACGCAGGGAACUGUUCUGUGAUCAUUUUGCUUGAUCUUAGUGCAGCCUUUGACACUAUCGACCACAAAAUCCUACUUAACAGGCUCAAGGUUUUGGCUGGUAUAUCUGGCUCUGCCCUAGACUGGUUUUCUUCCUACUUAUCAGACAGGACCUUUUCUGUUAGGACUGACAGGUUCACCUCUGACAUUGCUGCCCUGACCUGUGGUGUCCCACAGGGUUCAGUUUUAGGUCCAUUACUAUUUUCUUUUUAUAUGCUUCCUUUAGCUGGUAUCAUUCAAUCUUUUAGCGACCUGUCUUAUCAUUUUUAUGCUGAUGACAUUCAGCUCCAUAUGCCCUUUAAGCCUCAUCAGCUGGAUAGGCUGUCCACCCUAGUCCAGUGCUUAACCCAGGUUUCUGAUUGUCUUUCAAGCAACUACCUUGUUCUAAAUACUAACAAGACCGAGACCAUGAUCAUAGCUCCUCCUGAGCUACAUUCUAAAAUCAGUCAGGUUCUUGCCUCUUUCUGUCCAUCUGUCAAGUCAAAUAUUAAUAUUUGACUCUUCUCUGGGCCUCGACUCUCAUGUAAAAUCCUUGUCUCGUUCCUGUUUCUAUCAUUUAAGAAACAUAUCUAAACUGCGACAUAUGGUUUCCUCUGCUGAACUGGAAAAACUCAUUCAUGCAUUUGUGUCAUCACGCUUAGAUUACUGUAAUUCCCUGUUUACUAGCUUGGAUAAAUCAUCUCUCUCUCGCCUCCAGACAAUAAAAAACGCAGCAGCCAGACUACUAACUCGCUCUACCAAGCGUGUUCACAUCACUCCCAUCUUAUAUUCUUUACAUUGGCUCCCAAUAGAGUUUAGAAUUCGCUUUAAAAUUCUUGUUUUAACAUACAGAGCACUAAAUGGCCAGGCUCCAGAUUACUUAUCCAAGCUUCUUAUAAAAUACACUGCUGCUUGUCAUCUCCGCUCACAGACUCAGAGUCUCUUAGUUGUUCCCCGUACAUGACUGAAGACAAAAGGGGACAGAGCCUUUCAGUCUGUUGCACCAAGGCUGUGGAACAGUUUACCACUACAUUUAUGUUUGCUUGACUCUGUGGAUUCUUUUAAAAAACAGUUAAAAACUCUUCUGUUCAAACAAGCCUUUUGUUGAUCUACAUAUUUUAUAUUUUUUACAUUAUUUACAUUUGAUCUUUUACAUUGUAUAUAAUGUCUAUUGAUUUUAUUGUUUAUUUUAAUAUUUGUGUACGGCGCUUUGUGAUUGUCUGUCUGAAAAGCGCUUAAUAAAUAAAGUUUACUUACUUACUUACUU